CGAUCUCUUAUAAAAGGGCCAGUCCCGUACGGCAUCCACAUUAGUUGUUCCAUUGCCAAACUACCAGCAUUGAAUGCUCGCUCGCUAGAGGAAUGAAGCUGUUCGUUUUGCUCGUGAUGAUUCUGGCGACAGGACCUGGAAGGAGAAUGUCGAUCGGCCGCUGCGGCGCGGACGACUUCAGCGAACCAGAGUUCCCGUUCGAUCGCGAGGACUGCGCGGAUGGCUCCACCUACCCAGAGAAGCGCUUAGUCGUCCCGGGCAAACUUCGCGAGCAUCAUCCUGCCGUGUCGAGAUUGCAGGCCAUGAGCGCGCAAGAUCUGUUGACUCAGUGGAAGCCAAUUUGCGGUUGCGUGGCAGAGCACAGGGUUAUUAAUCUGGGCGAAGGCCACUAUCCGAGAUACAUCACAAUCGCCAAAUGCAGACCAAAGACCUGCUCCAACAGAUUUUACCAGUGUAGACAUACCGACUACAGGCUCCACGUAUUGGUGAAUCGCGGGAUGAACUCGAUACUGAACAACGCACAGGAGAUGGGCGUUAAGGAUCUCGAAGAACUGACCUUGCCGCAAUCCUUACAAGCCAAUUGGCAGAUGAUCGGUCUGUCGAUUCCUGUGGCGUGCACCUCCGUCGAGAGAACGUAACGAGCUAUCUAGCUGUCUUCGGCCCAUGUCAAUUUCUCUUAGCCUCAUAAGCGAUGUGUCAAAUAAAAGUUCUUGUA